AUGUUCUUCUCCAAGAUCGCCAGCGUUCUCGCUCUCGCCGCCGUUGCCGCGGCCGAUACUGUCGCCUACGACACUGGCUACGAUGAUGCCAGCCGCUCGAUGACGGCCGUCUCCUGCUCUGAUGGCGCCAACGGCCUCAUCACCAGAUACGGCUGGCAAACUCAGGGUGCCGUUGCCGGCUUCCCUUACAUCGGUGCUGCCGCUGCCGUGUCCGGCUGGAACUCUGACCAGUGCGGUACCUGCUGGCAGCUCAGCUACAACGGCAAGACCAUCAAUGUUCUCGCCAUUGACCACGCCGCCGCUGGCUUCAACAUUGCCCUGGACGCUAUGAACGCCCUGACUAACGGCCAGGCUGUCGCCCUCGGUCGCGUCGACGCCACUGCUACCCAGGUUGCCGUCAGCAACUGUGGUCUGUAA